UCCGCAUCUCUCUUUGUUCUCUUUCUAGCUAUAACUAUCCUUUUCUAGUUGAAAAUUUUUUAAAGAUGGUGAACGUCCCAAAGCAACGUCGCACUUUUUGCAAAAAAUGCAAAGUACAUAAACCACACAAAGUGACUCAAUACAAGAAAUCCAAAGAACGUCAUGCCUCACAAGGACGAAGGAGGUACGAUCGGAAGCAACAAGGAUUUGGAGGUCAAACAAAACCUAUUUUCCGCAAAAAAGCUAAAACUACAAAGAAGAUUGUAUUGAGGAUGGAAUGUACAGACUGCAAAUAUCGCAAACAAAUUCCUCUUAAGCGAUGCAAGCAUUUUGAGCUUGGAGGCGAUAAGAAGCGUAAAGGACAAAUGAUACAGUUUUAAUUUUUUUGGCGGUAUAUUGUUUAAUUUAUAAGUAAUAAAAAUCGCUGUAUGUUUAUAAGAA